AUGCGCUCCCUCUACAAACUCUCCCUCGCCGCGUUCGCCGCCGCAGCCCUGAUCGCUCCCGGGGCGGCAGAGGCGGGGAAGACUUGGGGAAAACACGCGCACACGUACGGGGAAACCCCCAAAACCACGACCGGCGACGACUCCACCGCGGUGGCGUCUGACGAGCCACUCGCGAACGACAAGCCCCUCGCGGAGGUCCUCGCCGCGGACGGGGACUUCUCCACGCUCCUCGCCGCGGUCGCCGUCGCGAAGGACGACGCGUCCGCCGUCAUCGACGACCUCGCCGGCGAAGGGCCUUUCACCGUCUUCGCGCCCACCGACGACGCGUUCAAGGCGCGUCGUGUCACCUUUCUGGACGAGAACGAGCUCACCGCGGAAGACGUCCUCGCCGACCCGGUCGCGCUCAAAGCGAUCCUAGCGAAGCACGUCGUAGCGGGCACCGCGGUGACCGCGGGCGAGGCGCUGGCCAUGGACCUCCCCGUCACGCUGGAAUCCCUCGAAGGGUCCGGGCUCGUCGUGGAUACGAACGACGAAGGCGGCGUCGUCGUCAACGGGAACGUCGUCGUGAAGCCCGACCUCGCGGCGUCGAACGGCGUGAUCCACGGCAUCGACGGCGUCAUCGCGUAG